ACGCGGCCGCAUCUUCGCCCGCCCGCCCGUCAAGGUAGUGAGAGGCGAGCUGGAGACGAGUUGCCGCUCCCGGACACACGCAGGCAGCGAGGGCCCGGAGGAGCGCGAGGCCAGGGGGCUCGGACGCGGCUGAUGUUGCUAUGAAGACAGAGUCAUCAACAGCUAUGACUGAUGUGGAGUCUGUGAUCACCAAUUUUGCAUCUUCUGCAAGGUCAGGCCGCCGGAACGCUGUUACAAACAUACAGGAUUUAUCCAUGACGGGUGAAACUUCCGAAUUGCCUGACAAACUGCAAGCUCUCUCCAUGAAGGAAGAUGCAAAAGAUACAAAUGAAGAAACUACAAAAGGCAAACCAGAAAAUCCCCCAGAGAAAGAAAACUGAAGGCUCAGGACCUAUCAAAAAGUAUUGAAUUUCUGUGCAUUGAAAGGCUAAGUGUCUCUGCUCUCCUUAGAUGUCUGAUCCGGUAGUAACUGGUAACACUGCAUAUGUAUGAAUACAAUAAUGAAGUAAAUUAUUAAAAAAUAAGUUUUCUCAAAAUGUCAUCGAAAUGAAAGGCUAAAAAAUGUGAUUACUUAAGUUUGUGUCACUGUUUAUAAAUUAAAUAAAAAUACUAUGUCUUUUGAAUUGAUUUAGUCAGAUACAUGUAUUUUAAUUUCAUUUUUAUGGUGUGGGUGAAUUAUUUAUUGGUAAAUAUAAAACAAACAUCAUUGAUUUUAAAAUUUUGAUUAUGAAAUUUUUAGAAACUGUAUAAUGAGAAACCAAAUCAAA